CCCGGCCGCCGCCGCCUUCCCCGUGCUCGACCCGGCCAGCGGCGCCGAGCUGGGCCGGGUGGCCGACUGCGGGGCGCCCGAGGCCCGCGCCGCCGUGCGAGCUGCCUACGAUGCUUUCUGCGGCUGGAGGGGCGUCUCGGCCAAGGAGAGGAGUUCAUUUCUUCGGAAAUGGUAUGAUUUAAUGAUACAAAAUAAGGAGGACCUCGCGAAGAUCAUCACAGCCGAAAGUGGAAAGCCGCUGAAGGAGGCACAAGGAGAAAUUCUGUACUCCGCCCUUUUUCUGGAGUGGUUUUCGGAGGAAGCCCGCCGCGUCUAUGGAGACAUCAUCUGCACCCCCUCGAAGGAGAAGCGGGCCCUGGUGCUCAAGCAGCCGCUUGGUGUGGCCGCCGUCAUCACCCCGUGGAACUUUCCCAGCGCCAUGAUCACCCGAAAGGUGGGGGCCGCCCUGGCUGCCGGCUGUACCGUCGUGGUGAAACCUGCCGAAGACACACCCUUCUCAGCCCUGGCCCUGGCCGAGCUGGCGCACCAGGCUGGCGUCCCUCCUGGGGUCUACAACGUCGUCCCCUGCUCCAGGAAGAAGGCCAAGGACGUCGGGGAGGCACUUUGCACCGACCCGCUCGUGUCCAAAAUUUCCUUUACUGGCUCGACAGCCACCGGAAAGGUGCUGCUGCGCCAUGCGGCCGACUCCGUGAAGCGCGUGUCCAUGGAACUGGGCGGCCACGCCCCAUUCAUUGUGUUUGACAGUGCCAACGUGGACCAGGCCGUGGCAGGGGCCAUGGCGUCCAAGUUCAGAAACUCUGGACAGACUUGUGUUUGCUCAAACCGUUUCCUGGUGCAAAGGGGCAUCCACGAUGCCUUUGUGAAAAAGUUCGCUGAGGCAAUUAAAGCCGACCUGCGUGUGGGUAACGGAUUUGAGGAGAGAACCACUCAAGGCCCACUAAUCAACGGAAAAGCAGUAGAAAAGGUAGAGAAACACGUGAGUGAUGCGCUGUCCAAAGGGGCCACCCUCGUGAUAGGCGGGAAGCGGCACCAACUUGGAAACAACUUCUUUGAGCCCACCCUGCUCAGCAACGUCACUCGGGACAUGCUGUGCUCUCGUGAGGAGACCUUUGGGCCUCUGGCACCCGUGAUCAAGUUCGACACAGAGGAGGAGGCUCUGGCGAUUGCUAACGCGACGGACGUGGGGUUAGCAGGUUAUUUUUACUCUCAAGACCCGGCCCAGAUCUGGCGCGUGGCGGAGCAGCUGGAGGUGGGCAUGGUGGGCGUCAACGAAGGGCUCAUCUCCUCGGUGGAGUGCCCAUUUGGCGGGGUGAAGCAGUCUGGCCUCGGGCGGGAGGGCUCCAAGUACGGCAUUGAUGAGUACCUGGAGGUCAAGUACGUGUGCUUCGGGGGCUUGUAGGCGCCUCUGGUUCUCUCGGAAGCAGACGGGAGCCGCCCCACUGCGAUGGCCAUGUGCCAUCCAUCACCUUACAUAAACCUGUAGGGUAUCUGAGUUGCAGACUUUUUAAAGUCAUCCAGUCCUCGUAAUCUUAAACAGGUACGACUCCUGCCCCUCCCCUUAGCUAACUAGGGACCAAAAGGUGCCAAGUGCCUGUGGCUGCAGACUCCCCGAGAACCCGCCACAGCAAUGUCUGUCUCCAGCAAGGUGCAGCCGGAGGCAGGCUGGCUGUGAGCCCCAUCACCAGGCUGAAGACACCAGGGCCCCGACUCAGCUUCCCACGUGUGGCUACGGAGGAGAGGAGACCCUGGCUGCCACCUGCCUGCCAUGUGGUUAUACAGCCCAGAGCUAAGGACAGUUUUUAUAUUUCCAAAUGAUGGGGGUGAGAAAUAGUGCGAGUUCAUGCACAUAAAAAUUACGUGAAAUUCAGAUUUCAGUAUUCCACAAAGACAGCAUUCCUGGGAUGCGGCCACAGCCCUGCACCUACCAGAGGUCUACGGCUACUUUCCUGGCAGAGCUGCAUACCUGCCACGGAGACCGUGAGGCCCCCAAGGCCUAAAAGUAUUUCCUGUGACUCUUAGAAAACGUCCCCAACCCCUGACCUCCACCGGGAGGGAGAGAGUGACCUUCCUGUGUGUCACACAUUCUUUUUGUUGAACGCCUACUGUAUAAAAAGGAUGUUUCUGGGCUGCACUCCAGUGAGUUCUCACCAGGAGCCUCCCUGCAGCAGUGAUCACACAACUCAAAUGAAAUGACCCGGAGAACUGGGGCUCAGCCUCAAGGAGGCCCUUCUCCACCCCCGCGUGCCCGGCCCUCAUGUGCAGAGCACCGGCUUCCCUCAUCUUUACCCCUUGGAGUGGCAUUCAGCACGGAUUGACGUCAGGCGUCUGCCUUCUCUCCUCGUCUGCCUGUGCUCUGUGGAGACUCCGCGAUGACCGGAGCCAGUGCAGCCGAGCCCGUUUCACUGUCAGCUCACGGCACGAGGCCACGGGACCACGGGGCCACAGGACCUUCUCUGAAGGCCAGAGCCCAGGGUGUUUGCUGUUCAUGUGCUGCUCUUCUAGGUAGCUUUUUACUUGAGUAGUAUUCAUGCUGGGACUUUCUUCGUGCUCUGUGUUGUGGGAAGAAACUUGGGAAUUAGCAGACAUUUGUUUUGCACAAGCACACACAACCCCUGUCGGGACAACUGUCUGUGUCAGCGUCCUGGCGCUGAGCUGUAAUGAAUAAAUGCGGA